AUGGCUUCGCAAUCCGAACCGGACCAACCAGCGACGGCGCCGUUGUUGCGAUCGCCCUCGACAUCGACUCUGGGCCCUCUCAGCGACACGAGUUCUAUUCGAGAUGCCUCAUCCGACCGAAAGCGCCGGCGCAACGCUCGCGUGUUGCGAGUCUUGUCGUUUGCAUCCGCUGUCUUUUCGGCCUUUUGCGUCGGCACCAUCAGCGUCUUCUCCCUGUACGCGCCCAGAUUCCAGCAGGCACUACGCUUUACGCAAUUUGAGAUCAACGGUAUAGCGAGCGCAAUGAGUAUCUCGCUGUAUAUCCUCGUGCCGCUGGUCGGUUACCUUUGCGACCGCGUGGGGCCUGGCCCGCUGUCACUCGUUGCAGCCGCAUUGCUUGCAGGCGGUUAUGGUUUAGCUGCGUCAUUGUAUCACAAGGGAGAAACUUCACUGCGGACCAUCGAAGCAUAUGAUAGCCACACCCUCGUACCUUACAUGGUUCUGGCCUUUGUCUUCAUCGGCGCCGGCACGUCGUUCCUCUACCUGAGCGCUGUCUCAACUUGCGCCAAAAACUUUGGCAAGGGCAAGUAUCGUGGUUUGAUGCUUGCGGCGCCCUUGACAUCGAUUGGUCUCGGUGGAAUCCUUGUGAGCCAAUUCGGCAGCCAUUUCUUGUGCGAGAGAAACCCCGAUGGGUCCAGGGGCGAGGUCAACGUCUUCCACUUCUUCAUUUUCUUGGCUGUACUUCUCUCUGUUGCCGGCGUCUUUGGCGGGUUCUUCCUCCGCGUCAUUGACGAGGACGAGCUCAUCGAUGAUGCCGUGGAUGAACUUGAAAGAAGUGGAUUUCUCGACGAUACAGACAUCUACCGACGACCAAGCCGAGCGGGAAGUGAGGUCUUCCGGCGACCAAGCCGAACUGGAAGCGACGUUUUCCGACGAUCUGGCAGAGGUUAUGGCACUGUUGGUGGCUCGGUUGAGGAUAUGGAGAAUGCAGGCAUUCUUGAUCCCUAUGUGCAGGACGAGGAUGAAGAGGAUCCACUCCUCAAGAAGCAGUGGCUACUCAAUGCUGAAACUCGAAAAUUCCUCACGGAUCCAACAAUGUGGUUGCUUGCGGUUGGUUUCUGGUUAAUCAUUGGCCCUGGGGAAUCAUUCCUGAACAAUCUCGGGACCGUUAUUGGCACGUUGUACUCGCCGGGACUGCCUGGUACUGAGACUUCGGCGGCAACACACGUCUCGAUCCUUGCGGCAACGAGUACUGCUGCACGAUUGCUUACAGGAUCACUCAGCGAUCUAAUCUCCCCGAGUCCACAUACACAACAUCCCCAGACUGGCUUGGAGUCCUCGGGCACGUUGCCGCAGCGCCGGUUUUUAAUCUCGCGCAUUGUUCUACUCAGUGCCUCGGGUUUUCUCAUGUCACUAGGAACUCUUGUACUCGCCUCUGGGUAUGUCCAGGGCCACGGUGAAAGGUUCUGGAUUGUAUCUGGUCUCGUCGGGUUUGGAUAUGGUGCUCUUUUCAGCCUGACGCCGAUCAUUGUUACUAUCAUAUGGGGCGUCGAGAACUUUGGUACGAACUUUGGAAUCAUCGCCGUGUCUCCGGCAGUUGGAGCUACCAUGUGGGGAUUGAUCUAUGCUUCCGAGUAUCAGCAUGGUGCAAAGAACUCGCCUCUACUGGCAGACGGCACGGAAGACGUUUUCUGUCAUGGCAGGCAUUGUUAUACGGCAACAUUUUGGGCGAUGACAAUCAGCAUUUGGAUAGGAUGCGCUUUGUUUAUACUGGCAUGGAAAGGCAAGAACGGGUGGUCGAGACGGGGUAUUGUCAUCUAA